CGCCGCGGGCGGGUCUCAGCAGCGCCCACUGCGCCAGCCGGGCUGCAGGUGCCGCCCCCGACACACGGGGUCCCGCCCAAACUGAUUCGUGUCUGCCGUCGGCCGGUGCGUGCGUGCACCUCGUCGGUCCGCGUGUGUCUGGCCGAGCUCCCCCUUCCUCUGCGGCCAUGACUCCGCCGCCUCCCCAGCCACCGCCCCCGGGCUCGAACCCCGCCUCAGACUCCGCCACCGACCCCCGCCCAGGACCUGGACCCCUAGUCGUACUGUUCGGAGCCACGGCCGGUGCGAUGGGGCCGGACCUGGGCUCCGACGAGACCGACUUAAUCCUCCUAGUCUGGCAAGUGGUGGAGCCGAGGAGCCGUCAGGUGGGGACGUUGCACAAGUCAUUGGUUCGCGCUGAGGCGGCCGCACUGAGUCCGCAGUGCCGCGAGGCGAGCGGCCUGAGCGCCGACAGCUUGGCGCGGGCCGAACCGCUGGACAAGGUGCUGCAGCAGUUCUCACAGCUGGUGAGCGGGGAUGUGGCUCUGCUGGGCGGGGGCCCCUACAUGCUAUGCACUGAUGGGCAGCAGCUGCUGCGACAGGUCCUGCACCCUGAGGCCUCCAGGAAGAACCUGGUGCUCCCCGACACCUUCUUCUCCUUCUACGACCUCCGCAGAGAAUUCCAUGUGCAGCACCCAAGUGCCUGCCCUGCCAGGGAGCUCACCGUGGCCACCAUGGCACAGGACCUGGGGCUGGAGACAGAUGCCACAGAGGAUGACUUUGGGGUCUGGGAAGUGAAGACAAUGGUAGCUGUCAUCCUCCACCUGCUCGAAGGGCCCAGUGGUCAAUUGUUUUCGAAGGCAGAGGUGGUAAAGCAGAAAUAUGAGACAGGUCCUUGCUCUGAUUCUGCGCCCUGCCCCCACAGCAGCAAGGCCGAUGUGGUGGACAGUGAGACUGUAGUUCGGGCCCGUGGGCUGCCCUGGCAGUCAUCAGACCAGGACGUGGCUCGAUUCUUCAAAGGACUCAACAUUGCCAGGGGUGGUGUAGCACUCUGCCUCAACGCCCAGGGCCGCAGAAAUGGCGAGGCCCUCAUCCGGUUUGUGGACAGCGAGCAGCGGGACCUAGCGCUGCAGAGACACAAGCACCACAUGGGUGUCCGCUAUAUUGAGGUAUAUAAAGCAACAGGAGAAGAGUUUGUCAAGAUUGCAGGGGGCACAUCACUAGAGGUGGCUCGUUUCCUGUCACGGGAAGACCAAGUGAUUCUGCGGCUACGGGGACUGCCCUUCUCAGCUGGGCCGGCAGAUGUGCUAGGCUUUCUGGGGCCAGAGUGCCCGGUGACUGGGGGUGCUGAUGGGCUGCUCUUUGUGCGCCACCCUGACGGCCGGCCCACUGGUGAUGCCUUUGCCCUCUUUGCCUGUGAGGAGCUCGCACAGGCUGCGCUGCGCAGGCACAAGGGCAUACUGGGUAAGCGAUACAUUGAACUCUUCCGGAGCACUGCGGCCGAGGUGCAGCAGGUCCUCAACCGCUAUGCAUCCAGCCCACUCCUUCCUACACUCACUGCUCCACUGCUGCCCAUCCCCUUUCCACUGGCAGCUGGGACUGGGAGAGAUUGUGUACGCCUUCGAGGCCUGCCCUACACAGCCACCAUUGAAGACAUCCUUAGCUUUCUGGGGGAGGCAGCUGCUGACAUCCGGCCCCACGGUGUGCACAUGGUGCUCAAUCAGCAGGGCCGGCCGUCAGGUGAUGCUUUCAUCCAGAUGACAUCAGCAGAGCGGGCUUUAGCUGCUGCUCAGCGUUGCCAUAAGAAAGUGAUGAAGGAACGCUACGUGGAAGUGGUCCCCUGCUCCACAGAGGAGAUGAGCCGUGUGCUGAUGGGAGGCACCUUGGGCCGUAGUGGCUUGUCCCCUCCACCCUGCAAGCUGCCCUGCCUCUCACCACCCACCUACGCCACCUUCCAGGCCACCCCAACACUCAUUCCCACUGAGACGGCAGCUCUAUAUCCCUCUUCAGCACUGCUCCCGGCUGCUAGGGUGCCUGCUGCCCCCACCCCUGUUGCCUACUACCCAGGGCCAGCCACUCAACUCUACAUGAACUACACAGCUUACUACCCCAGCCCCCCAGUUUCCCCCACCACUGUGGGCUACCUCACCACGCCCCCUGCUGCCCUGGCCUCUGCUUCCACCUCAGUGUUGUCCCAGCCAGGAGCCCUGGUCCGUAUGCAGGGUGUCCCAUAUACCACUGGUAUGAAGGAUCUGCUCAGCAUCUUCCAGGCCUAUCAGUUAGCCCCUGAUGACUACACCAGUUUGAUGCCUGUUGGUGACCCGCCUCGCACUGUGCUACAGGCCCCCAAAGAGUGGGUGUGUUUGUAGGUGAGGGAGCCAGGAGGUAAGAGCUGGCUGAUGUCUAACAUGACUCUCUUGCAUCCAGAAAACCAGCACCCUCAACCAGAUGGCUUCUUUCUGGCUUGUCCAAGCUCUCAGAAAGCACCUAGAGGAGCUCAAGCCCUAGCUCCACCUCCCACUUAUUGCCCUGCCUGUUCACCCCAAAGAUGAUGGCUGGACCCUGCAUGCAGGACUGGGGGUGGAAUUGUGUUACCCUGCUCCCAACGGCCUGAUUUGGGCCUCCUGAGUAGCACUGAGAGCCUUUGGUCAGCUUUGGCCAUGGCCCAUACCCUCAGAUUCUGUGGGGCUGGUGUCCACAGCAGGCUUGUUUUCUUUUUAAAAAUGUAAGCCCUGGUGCCUUCAACGUAUGACUCCUGGGAACUUCUGAGUAAAGAUCCCAAUGUUCUACCUUCCCCUAUCCCUCCUAGUAGGGGGCAGGGAGGCAGAGAGUGCUGGCCCCAGCUCCCACGAUACUUGGACCUCAAUGGCCACGUUGUGCCAGGUGGUCCCAUCUAAGGGACCUGCAGCUUGGCACAAGCUUUGUGGCAAAAUCACAAGCUGUUUUGAUGGACUAUACUGCAAUAUCCCCAGAGGACACUAGGGGGCAGGAGGCCCUCACAAAAACUCAGGCUCAAAUUUUAAAGGGGACUUUCUGCCUACUUUUCAUGCACACCUUGGGCAGGCCAGUUGUCCUGAACUCAGCAGACACCGUGGAAUGUCCUUUGCACCCAUUAGAGGGUACAGAACUGAAGCUUCGGAAGGAAUUUGGAACUCUACUCACUCCUCCGUAAAAUAAACAAAGGUUCUAACCAAGUGGACUUUUUAAAAGCCAAAGUCUCCUUAACUUUGGACCCCAGAGUGAGGGGCUCCACACCUGCCCCAGGCAGCGGAAAACUCAGGCAGAUUUCAAGGACACUGUUGACCGAUCACCAUUUAUUAUUUCAGCACUGUAACUGAGGAACCUGAAUUGCUGGCUCUUCUCUGUUAUUUGUGUAAGGAGCACUAUACUCCUACAAAAGGUUUUAAAAUACAAAAUAUGUAAGAAAACAAUCCCAAGUGCUGUAAACACAACUGAGAUCCAGUUCCUUAACUGAACAUUGCCCAUUUUAUAAAAUAUAAGGUUUCAAACUUUAGCUCACCUGAGCCUUAAAGAUGACCAUCUGUUCGGAGUAUUAAAAACAGGGCUUCAUAGGCAGACCCAGCAGAGCUCUAGUGAUAGUGGUUAGCCCUGGGCAGGGUAGGUUGCCCUUCAGACAGUAACACCACAUGUGCACCUGAAGACAAGACCUCUGUUCCCUUUCAAGCAGUUUUCAGCCAUGUUUCUGUGUGUAUCUCUAGUAAGCAGAAGACUGCUUAACCCAUGCCUCAAUUCAAGAUCUAGCACAGGCUGGAAGGGGUAGGAGUGGGUGCUAGGACAUGCCCAGUUGCUAAACGUUGCUACUGAAGUCAACUUGCAUAGUUCAGUGGAUGUGUGCUUUAACACCACUUAUGUUGCACAAAGGAUUACAGUCUUUACCUCCAAAGCCAAAAAAUAUUGACUCGUAAGCCAAAGAUUUUACAAAAUGAUACAAGACUGCUCAUAUAGUAUAUAAAGCUCUAUUUUAAAAUUUAACUUUUAUUUUAAAUAGGAAAGCAUUGCUAGUGCUACAGGCAUCAAGGUAUUUAAAAGGCAUCAAAAUUUGGUGCAUAGCAACUCUGGAUCAUAGAGGCUUUUUAUUCUUGAGGGCAGCAGAGCAACCCCCAAAGGGUCUUGUAAGGGGAACUCUUACAAGAACCUCCUGUGAGGCAGCUACCCCAGGGGCAAGAGGGCGGAGGCAAGUCUGACCAGCUGUCUGAAACUUCGAGUCAGGGGCCGCCUCCCACAAUCCCUCCAAACCAAAGGAAGCUGUGGGCUUCCAACUACAGGCCCUGAAGCAAAUCUCACUAUCCACACUCUGACAUAAAACUUACUUUAAAAAGAAAAUCUAAAAACACCCAGCUCCAGGAGGGACCAGAGUGAUUUGCUGAAGGACAGACAUUUUUCUCUAACUAGUUUUAAGGAAAAAAUAUAAAUCAUCAUGGUUUAAAGAAAAAGAAAAAAAAACAAACCCAUACUUCAUCCUGUAGGAGGUCAACAGCUCCUACCCGGCUGACUAGAGGUGGUGGGCAACGAACUGGCUCCCGCUGCCUAGGCCCCACUUGGCUUCAAUAGAGAGUCCUGGCAUCCAGAACUCCUAAUCCCCAGGAGUAACAACAUCAAGCCCUUUGACCACCUCAGCACACUGUCACACAUAAUAGGCACUCAAAAAAUUUGCUUCCUGAAUAAAUGAAAUUACAUGA